UGAUAUAUCUUGACAAAAAUGUGACUUUUGUGACACAAUUUCGGGAGAGGUUAAAGAAAAAUGACCGAAAAUGCUUGGGUCGUCCUCGGAAGAGCUGCUAACGUUUCUAUAUGCUGAAGGGCUACCUUUGUUUCGUAGUGUCUAUCUUCUGCAUAGGUCUCGUGACGGCAGUCAUUGGUGAUUGCGCUUCCCACUUUGGAGCAACGUUAGGAAUCAAAGAUGCCGUUACAGCUAUCGUUUUCGUGGCGUUAGGAACCAGCAUUCCAGACACGUUCGCCAGCAAAGUGGCUGCCGUGCAUGACGCCCACGCAGACGCCAGCAUCGGCAACGUGACCGGCAGCAAUGCCGUCAACGUUUUUCUGGGGAUCGGCGUCGCCUGGUCAAUUGCAGCCAUCUACCAUUGGUUUGCAGGAAAUGUCUUCGAAGUCGACCCAGGAAACCUAGCCUUCUCAGUAACUAUCUUCUGCUCAGAGGCAGCGAUCGUGGUCGUCAUCCUGGUACUAAGGAGAUCACCCGUGGUUGGAGGAGAACUAGGAGGGCCGAAAUACAUCAAAUACGCCACGUCGACGUUGUUCUUCAGCAUGUGGAUACUAUACCUCAUCCUCUCCUCGAUGGAGGUGUACCACGUUCUCCCGGGAUUCUAAUGGCGCGAUUACUGUUAUUGUUAUCCUGCCUACUUUGCUCAUUCAACAUCCAAGGUCAAGCUCAAUAAAUAUAUACUAGUUUCACAUAACUAUCGUUACUACACAAUUCUACAACUGGGAUCACUUGUAUUCGAUCCACCCGACAAAUUUAAUAGAAACUUAGUCAGCAUUCAAAGACUUUCGCUGAGAUUUAGUCACCGAAAAAAGCGUAUAUCUGUACCCCAGAGCCAGACUACGUUAAGUCCAUUUUUGUCAAAAAUGAGUUUAAUAUGUUAAGCUUGUGAUAAUAACGUGAAUUUUAAUCUGCUCCAUGCAGCAUCCAUCUAUCUAUCUAUCUAAUAAUAAGAAAUUUACGACUUUUGAACUCAUAUCAAGUCGUAUUCAAUA